AGUAAGUAAAGCUUCUCUCUUCUUUCGAACUUGGUGUAUGGGGCGUGUCCCUUAGCAUCGGAUCUGGGGUUUCCUUGCUUUCUCUGAAAGGGUCUGCUCAUUGGCGUGUUUAUUGAGUUAAAUUUGUGAGUUUAAUCCGAGGAAAUUCACCAUUUUUGCUUCUUCAAGUUGAUGUUUGUAAUGUGUUUGUGAUUAGGACUGUUACAGUUUGUAGUGAUAGAUUAGAUGGAUCCUAGAGACAAAGCUUUAGAAUUUGACCUUGAAAAUGGAGUAGCUGUUAAUGGUAGAGGCGAUUUCGUUGUGCCGUUGUUGUCCGGUGAUGUCUCGGGUUGUGGUAGUGUGUAUGUGGAUAAUUUGCAGGCAAUGCGGAGCUCGAAUUGUGAUAAGGAUGGUAAGGAGAAUAGAUUAGUGUUGAAAGAGAAACGUAAACCUCCUAAGCCUCCUAGACCUCCGAGACCUCUGUCGUUGGAUGCGGCCGACCAGAAGUUAAUUAAGGAGAUAGCAGAACUUGCGAGAUUGAAGCGCGCAAGGAUCGAGCGGAUCAAAGCCUUGAAGAAGAUGAAGGCUGCUGAGGGAACAACUUCACACGGCAACAACGUGCUUGCCACCGUGUUUACCGUCAUUUUUUGCAUUGUCGUGAUCUUCCAGGGAAUGUCAACUGGAGGUAGACCGACAAGUAACGAAGAAUCUCCCGUGCCAGCCGGAGCCGGAGCACUGAACAGAGGUCUAAUCUCAGUUCAAUUCUCAGAGAAACCAUCUGCCAUCAUUCCAAAUCAACCAGUUUCAGGAUCUCCCUAGGACAAGUACUUGUUGCUCCCUUCCAUCAAAGCCAUUUAACCAAACAACGUUUUGUGUUCACGGCCGUCGAGUCUCCGGAGUUUUAACUUUCCCGGUGAUUUGUCCCUGCACCCUUGUAUGCAAGUCAGGCGGGUUCGAUUUAAAUGUACGGUGCCAAUUUUUGGCCGUGGCUCUCGAAUAAUUAGCCUACAGCCUGCACAGCAACAUACCUGGUCAUGUGUACUGUUUCCCCCUGAUACGCCAUGUUCAUUAAAACUCUUUGAUUUCGAAUAAUAAUAGCAUAAUACUCAUGUUUCUUGCUGGAGAAUCUGAUUUGAAUUUUUUUGAGAUCAACACUCAAGUUGACUUACAAAUCUGAAUACUAUAUGUUUUAUCUUUUUCUUGAUCCUUACUCUGCAUUAAUCUACUUCAUUUGGUCAGGCUCGAGUUCUACAAACCCCGAUAUCUUCAAUAUCGGUAUAAAAUUUCUUCGUAUUUCGAAGGCUUCCUUGUCUAGAUAUAUGCAUCGUUGACGUCGGAGCAAGGAGUUUCCGGUAUUCUUUGUUUCUCCGUCGCAUGUCGGUGCUACCACUCGUCGUACGAUCGGUAUCUUGCAGGUUAAGUAAGAGCUUGAUUUUACAAGAUACCAUGGAGAAUUAAAUGAGUAUUAAUCCGGAUGACAAGUAAUUGAC